GUCGGCCGCGCGUCGCCUCUGUCGCCGCCGCCCCCGUCCCGGCCCCCCGGGUUCCCUCAGCCCCAGCCCGGUCCAGCCCGGUUCCCGGGAGGAUGAAGUUCGUAUACAAGGAGGAGCAUCCGUUCGAGAAACACCGCUCUGAGGGCGAGAAGAUCAGAAAGAAAUACCCAGACCGGGUGCCGGUGAUAGUAGAAAAGGCUCCCAAAGCCCGGAUAGGAGACCUGGACAAGAAGAAGUACCUGGUGCCUUCUGACCUCACAGUCGGUCAGUUCUACUUCCUGAUCCGGAAGCGAAUUCAUCUCCGAGCUGAGGACGCCUUGUUUUUCUUUGUCAACAAUGUCAUUCCACCCACCAGUGCCACGAUGGGUCAGCUCUACCAGGAGCACCACGAGGAGGACUUCUUUCUGUACAUUGCCUACAGCGACGAAAGUGUCUAUGGUCUGUGAAGCUGCUGCCCCUGAGGCGGGGGAGCCCCCUCUCACAGCCAGAGGGCUGGUCCCCCCUCCUUGACCACCUCGUCCUGCUCCGUUGCCAGCACCGCCUCCCUCCUGGGGACCCACACUUGAUGUCGCGGCUUUCCCUGUGAUGGCGGAAGGCCUCUUGCCUCCUCUUCCUCUCCCCUCUCCCCCAUUCUGCUCCAGACCUCCCCAUCGUCCAUCUCUGUCGCACCCGCCCAACUGUUGUUUUGGGUUUUGUUCCCUUUUUAACUGCCCAAGGGGUUAAGGACGGGAACAAUUCCUUCCACCCAGCAACACCUUUUUCCUGGGUAGGUGGAAGGGACUGAGAUUGUAGCAAAUGGGGGAGGGAGGUAGGAGCACAUCAAUAAAGAGGAAACCACC